CGUCUAGCGCCGAGAAGUAGUAUAGAUGAUGGCCCUUGCGCAUCAGCUGCAGCGCCGGGCGGCGACGCUGUCUCGCCCUGCACGCCGAGCCUGCGUAAGCGUAUGUGCCAAAGUCAGCAAGAAGGAAGGCGAACCACGCGUCAUUCGCGGCAAGUGCUACGUGACUAAAGACAACAUUGACACGGAUCAAAUUAUUCCUGCGGAGUACCUCACUCUGGUUCCCUCCAAGCCGGACGAGUAUGAAAAGCUCGGCAGCUAUGCUCUCAUCGGUCUUCCGGACGACCUGUACCCGACUAGGUAUGUCAAGGAGGGGCAGAUGAAGACUGAGUACCCCAUCAUCAUCGGUGGGCAAAACUUCGGCUGCGGCUCAUCCCGUGAGCAUGCGCCUGUCGCCCUGGGUGCCGCCGGUGCCAAGGUGUGCGUCUCUGAGUCGUACGCGCGCAUCUUCUUCCGCAACUGCAUUGCCACUGGCGAGCUAUACCCCUGCGAGACGUCGGUGCGGCUGUGCGAUGAGCUCCAAACAGGGUCGGAGGUGACUGUGGACAUGGACAACAACAUCCUGACGGACCACAGCACGGGCAAGACGUACUCGCUGCAAAGCAUUGGCGAGGCCGGACCGGUGAUUGAUGCUGGCGGCAUCUUCGAGUACGCGCGCAACCAGGGCAUGAUUAAGACUGCUUAAGAGCGCAUCUUAAGCUCUCGCUGCGGGUCGACGGUGAAGCGGCCGAUGGGGUGGAAUGCGGCGAAUGAAGCGGGGGGAGAAUGCGACAUGCUAUUCCUCAAUUUGAUUCAAGACCAAAAUUGAGGGCAUUUUUGAGCGUGGAGCGUGAGUUGGUUUCAUGGGUCACAGACUAUGUAAAGCGCAGAUGUAAAGGGAGGUCUGAAGACACCUGUGGCCGGUCGCGGCGUAGCAGGUUCCCUUCUGGCGUGGCCAUGGAAUUUGUUCACCUUCCUGGUUCCCGGUCACACAAUUUUCUGGAGACUUGCAAUGCUUGUGUACUGCCUACAGUGCCACCUUGCUGC